AUGGCAAACAGGAGGACGUGGGACACAGACCACUUCUGCGCUGCGGACAUUAGCCCGACGUUUCCAGGAUUUGUGCGCAGAUCCAAGCUUACAUCACGGCGGUACCUCGUCGACGACUGCCUCACAAUCAGGUGCGUCGUCACCCUCGUCAAUCCUCGCACGGAGCGCACGACGGCCGGCCCGGCAGCCGCCGCUCCGCUGCCGGAGAUGCUCGGCCACCUCGAGCGCAUGCUCAGAGACGGCAAGGGCGCAGACGUGACAAUCGACGUCGCCGGCCGAGCGUUCCGCGUGCACCGGUGCAUGCUCGCCGCGCGCUCGCCGGUUUUCGACGCCGAGCUCUUUGGCCCGAUGAAGGGCAAGGGCACGGAGCACAUUGAGGUACCCGACAUGGAGCCGGCGGUCUUCGAGAUGCUCCUGCGCUUCAUCUACACGGACUCGCUGCUGGGCGACGGCGAGGACUGCGGCGUCGCGAUGACGCAGCACCUGCUGGUUGCCGCGGAUCGGUACGGGGUGGACAAGCUGAAGCAGGCGUGCGACGUGAAGCUGCGCAGAAGCUUGGACGUGCGGACCGUGGCGACCACGUUGGCGCUGGCGGAGCAGCACCAGUGCCCGCUGCUGAGGGACUCGUGCUUGAAAUUUAUGUCGUCGUCCCCGAAUGUGCUGGCAGACGUCCUGAAAACCGACGGGUUCAGACAUCUCACGUGUUUCAAGGAAUAA